GUAGUUGAGCUCUGGUUCCUGAAUGUUAUCGUCUCGCGUAAGUUUGGUCUCGCGAGAACAGACGGUCUGCCUUCCUACGCCAUUUAAGGUACGGAUUCCCUACGCGAGGACGACUGAAGAGCGACCGUUAACCAGACAAACCGACCCUUAACUGAUUAUUUCCCUUCAGCCUGCUGUGAAACAAGGUACUACUCCACUGUCCUCUCCUGCUCCACACACUAACUUGAGUUUCAGGCGGUUACAAGGCGGGGAAUACCGGGGAAACACCGCACGAGGCCUGCUCGGCUCUGAGUAGUUACUUCAGUUACAGUAGUCUGAGGUUUCAGCUAGCAACAGAUCUUUAACGGCUCAGGUGUGUCUUACCUGGUAUAAACUGAAAGGGCUGAUUACAUCGGACUGACACACGUAAAUACAUAUAGGGCACACUUGAACGGGAGUUAAAAACUUGGCUCUCCUCCUGUAGUUGUUGGCGAGUCACUGCUAAACUCGACGGAUGACAACUGGCGUAACCUUGGUGGUUACCGCCGAGCAGCAGGUUGGUUUAGUGAGAGCCGGUCAGCUGUCAGGGUUCAUCAGUUCCAAACGGCUUUUUUAAGCAUAUAUAAGCAUAUAGUAUUGCUGUGAGUGUGUGUGACAUGAUGCUUUCAGUGUUGUCAAUAGGUGAAAAGUCAGGACUGCAGACAGACCACUUUAUAAGCAGGACUUUUCUGCUACAGAGCCACACUGUUGUAGUCUCUGCAGAAUGAGGUUUCUCAUGGACUUGCUGAAUUAUGAAGGUCUUUCUGAAAAAAGUCAUUGGCUGAAUUACAGGAUGUGUUUGCCCAAUCUUGUAUACAUUGUUCAGCAUUAAUGGAACCUUCGCAGAUGCAGGUGCGAGCUACCCAUGACGUUUCUGAUCCCCAUAUCAUCAUGGAUGCUGGCUUUGACCUGUGAGCUGAUAAAAAUCUGUCCAUGUCCAUGAUUGCCAAAAAGAAUGUCAAGUUUGGAUUUUGCCAGACCACAGGACUGAUUUACACUGAACUUCAGUGGCUAAAAUUUCUGUACUGUGUUUACAAAUGUUUUUUCUUCCGCACGGUUCGGUUUUGACCAGCAUGUGUGGAUGCUCCUCUCAAAGACAGUGUUUCAGAGGUGGUUUUGAGCCUAUACAUUGAUUUCCAUUACAAAGACAUGUCUGUUUUAACCCUUGCUGUUUGAGAUCGCGCUUGAACCAGGAGGCUUUUUUUCAUCCAGGUUUUGUUUUCAGCCUUGCCUUUUUUGUUACUUCAGAUGUUUGAACAUUACACAAUUUUUUCAGCAUUGGGUUUUCCAAUAGACCUUUUUCAUUCCCAACAUUUGAUAUGCUUUCGCUGCACGAUUUUACUGCUGAAAACAAUUCGCAAACUUUUAAAAUUUGUUUCUAUCAACAUUUUUCAUGGUGUCCCAUUUUUUGUAAUAAGGUUUGUAUGUGCCAAACUUUAAAUUUGUAACUGUAGCUAUUGUGUCUUUAUUUGCAGAUAAGCAGCAGUAUGGCAGAUGACCUGGAUAUCGAGGCGAUGUUGGAAGCGCCGUAUAGGAAGGUGAGAGUCAGUUUGUCCUCUGUGUCACUGAGACUGUCAGCCUGACUCUAUUGCUACAGGUCCUCAGAUCUUGAAUACUUUAUAUUGUCACAGUCUCCUCCUCUCAAUCUAAAGCUCUUGUGCCAGCAGCCUGAACACCUAGUCUCCACUGAGCUUUCAGUCAAACUGCACUUAAAAGCCAACAACAAGAAGUAAAUGACCUUCCUAUUAGAAUACUCCAGAGAGUUCAGGCAAAGCAGGCAGAAGUUGGGAAAAUACUUCUGUUAAAACUACCUGGAAAUGGGUUUGUUCAAAAGAAGAAAGAGCUGCAUGUAGUCUGCUCACCUAUAAACUUCUAUACUGUGGGUAACAGAGCAUUGGGAUGACCUGAUAGAAGACUAAUAAGAUUUUGAGAUUAAAAUUAAACAUUUUUGAGAAUGAAAAUUACAAAGUUAUGCAGAUUAAAAUAAAAUAAAAAUCAACAAGAACUAAAAUGACAAAUUUCUGAAAAAUGUUGUCAAAAUCUUAAUAUAAGAAAUCAUCAUUUCAGGUAUGUUAUCCUUUAAGGGCAAGGCCAGAAGCAUAGCUGCCUUCCCCUUAAGACGAGAAAUGUGGAUCAUUUAAAAAGUGUAUACAUUAGUAUACACAGUACAUCAGGAUUUUGAAUCAAUUGUAGGAGAAAAUUAGUAUUCUGAAGACUGGUGGACUGAUAGGCAGCUUGAGCAGGCUCUGUAAACCUUUUUUUUUGUCCUGUUUCUUAACUUCACAAGAUGAUCAGUGCUCCUUGUUUCAGUGCUGGCAGUUGGCUGCACCUCUGUGGACAAUAGAUAUAAAUACUGGCAAAGCCAAAAUUUUCAAUCUUACAGUGGACUGAAGUGGAUUAUGAUCAUUCACUUUCGUUCAUAGCAAGGUUCCUAACAUGCAUUGCAUACAUAUUUGUAUCAUGUUGGUAACAUUUUGUAUUAUAAUGCAUCAUAAACACAUUUAAGUCUUAUAAAUGCAUCUAUAAGGCUUCAUACAAUCCUUAUAGGUAAUUUUAAUCAUUCAUUUCAGCUGAUGGAAAUAUUAAUGAAGUAUUAUGAGCAGUGAGCAUAACGCCUUAUAAAUGAAUGGUUUAUGAUGCAUUAUAUCGUAAUGCAAUAGAAGAAUAGUGUCUUUUGAAUUCUGGGUUUAAUGGCACACUAUAACCCUCACAUCUUUACCCUGUUAUAAAGUAAAUUGAAGUUUUAACUUGUAUGAUUCUCAGUUUGUAGAAUGUCUCAUUAAUACUCACAACAUGAUAAAACAAGACUUAGGCCCUUUAAGAAAAGUGACUGCACUGUAUGAGGUGUUUAAUGCUUAUAUGUUCCUAUAUGUUCCUAUAGCACAGUUACAAGAACUUAGAGCAAUAUUUUGUGUCUGUAAGUGUCAGACAAAAAUACUUCCCAACAAGAAUAUAUUUUUAGAAUUAUAAGUCUUUUGUUUUGCAUUAAGCUAGAACACUUUAUAAACAAUAUUAUAAGGCACCAUGCUCAUUGUUUUAUGUCUUCAGCAAAGACUUUGCCAUAAGCUAAUAUGAAUGUUUAUUACCAUGUGGGUUGCUAUAAAACCUUAUAGCGGCAUUUACAAAGCUUUAUGAAUGUGUAUAUGAUGGGUUAAAAAGGUGGGUAAAAAUAAAGUCUACCACAGUGUUUAGUCAGCAGAAAGAUUAGUAAUUUUUGUAAGACAAGCGAUUUUCCAUUAGUGUUGACCAUGACUGGAGUUGUCUGAUGGCACCACAGUCCCAAAGGUGACAAACACAACUUUAAAUGGCUGUGUUAUCAAAACAAGUAUGGAGUCUCAUUUAGAACCAUAAUCAACCUAUUGAGACUAUGUUUACACGUGCCCGGCUAUUUUCAUAAACUGACAUUUAACCCUCUCCCUUUACAAAAAAAACUGUGCACACCACUACGUUUUCAGAAAAUUUUUCGUUUACACUAUCCCGUGUAUAUAAGCCGUCAAGAGCAUAUCAAACAUGUGGGUGGCAGUGUAGUGAGAAGCUAAAGCUUACGUUAGCCAAUCAGAAUACAGCAUAGCAACAACAACAACGUCCCUUCCUUCUCUCCUGUGCACAAUCUGCAGUCGCUACCCAAAUCUCAGUUUUCCUCAGUUUUUCUCCGUUUACAUGCAAACGUGUAAACUGAGUUUUCCAAAAUCUCCACUUUAGUCAUAGUUUUUGAAAAGCAUCGUUUUCAGGGGCGAAUUCUCCGUUUGCAUUGAAAUGAAGGGUGCAAACGAUGGUUAAUGUCUCUGUUUUUAAAAAUAACUGGGUGCCUCAGUCUGCAUCUGAAUCCUGUACAUUUUUUCUUUCAAAAACUGCCAGAAGUAAAAUGGAUUAUGUAAUCCUGGAUAGAAAUUUGGAUAACCACAUCCAGGUUAUUGUUUCUCAGACACACCUCUUUGAACAAGCUAAUUGCAACAGUCUGUGAAACAACAUCAUAGAGUUGUUCCACUUUUUAGUAACACACAAAGACACUAGAACUCAUUAAUUUUGACCCAGAAGUGACACCAUGUCAUUCCAGUUCAACAACACAAGCUUUGAGCUUCUUCUUAUGUGAAACAGUAUCAUUCUGGUUUAGCAAAAGCCUAAUUUUUUCAACCUUUAGUACAAAAUGAGUUUGUUGAAGAUGAUUUGGCAGCCUUUAGACCCACCAAUCUGUUUCAGGUAAGGAAUAAAAAAGUGUUUAAAAUGCAGAGUAAAGAGGCUUCGAAGAGCUUUACUGUCUCAUAUCUUUUUAUGUUUAUCAGAAGAGUUUGUGUAACAUCGGACUGAAGGACGUUUGCUGUCUCUGAGCUGUAGAGUCAGGCUGAAAGUGAUGAUGAUGAUGAUGAUGAUGAUGAUGAUGAUGAUGAUGAUGAUGAUCAUGGCGUUCCUCUACAGACUGUCGUGAAUAAAUGCCCAUCUAUCUCUCUUUGUAGACUUGCCUAACGAUUUCUCACCUCUACUCCCCUGAAUGCCAGUGUGAUCUGUCACAAACAUGAAGGUAGUAAAAUGCCCCCAUCAUGCAUUGCUGUUCUGUGGUCCCCAUGGUAACAUGACUGUGGUUCCCUUGGUAAAUGUGUCACCUGGUUUUGGCUCAACCCCCCUGAUGUGGAGCAGCUGAGGAUUCUGAGAGAUUAAAAGUUAGAGGGGUCAAGCAGAAGAGCAACUAGUCGCUAAUUAAUCCCAGGAGGAUCAUGGGAAGGCAGCAUCACACUGCAUGGUUGAUAGCGUCACAGUUAGCCAUUAACUUAGCACAAGCAUCGCUUCACAUUCCAGCUGUGAAGUGGAAAGGCAAAGACAGAGACCUGAGAGGGGACAAUGGUCUGCCAUGUCUGGAGUCAGGGUGAGGGUGCAGAUGACAGCAGGGUGGGAGGGGCUUAUCCUGGGAGCUCCAGGUGAGUUCUGGGGGAAUUUUACAGGUGUACAGGAAAGAGAGAGAGGCCCAGCUUUAGUUUGGUUUGGGUGUCCUUGGUUCUGGUUUUGGGCUGAGUUGAGUGACUAAGACUCCUGUCUGCUUCAGGGCCCUUCAGAGGAGUCCGAGCACCCAAAACCAGCACAGCAUUCACCCGGCUGAAGAAGAGCUGGACUGUGGAGUGUCUGUCUGCUGCCGGGCGGAGCUCCAUCCAUACUGACCCCCCACAGACAGAGCCUGGACUACAGCCUGAGACUGACUGACUGUCCCAAACUGACCUCUGACCUUCCCCCAACUACAGACCCCCUACCCCACAGAAUAAUGUGUAAAAAUGUGACUUAUUAAAUUUGUCUAUAUUCUCUCUUACCCCUCCCCAUCCCCCCUUUCCUGACACCCGAAUGUUGCGUCUGCCUCCUCAUGCUGUUCUCUGUCGACCUUAGGAGGACACGAAGAGCCAGAGCCCCGAUGGACAGGAUGACCGCAGCAAGAGGUAAUGCCUGUCUGUGUGUCUGUUCACCUGAGUGCUCACUUACCUAUUUCUGGUGACCAGUGAUAGUGUUUGUCCCUCUCACCAGCACCCCCCGCUGAUCCACUGGAGAAACCUAGUGAUGCAAUACAGUCAGGAGCCACCUUAAGCUGUUCUGCCAAAUCCAGAGAUGUUGAGCUGAUAUUUCACAGAGUUGUACCGUGUCAUACGUCAGAAAAAAAAAUGGAGGGGGACGUGUUUUUACACCUUUGAACAAGAGUAGAGUAUUUGAGCUGAGACUAAGAGGGUGUGUGAUAUUUUACAACCACCUCACAAACAGUUGACCGCAUUCACAGAAUGGCAAAUUUUUACAUAUUGUCAAGCUGUUUGGCUUCUCAUCAGAUUGCACAUCAGGUUGUUUUGUUAAAAUUAGGGCACGACUGAUAUGGAUUUUUUGGGGCAUCGGUACAGAUGCCGAUACCGAUUAUUAGGGGGGGGUCUGAUUACCAAUUAAUCUGACAAUUUAAAAAAAAAAAAUUUAUGAAGUUAUAAAAAAUACAUAUAUAUAUAUAUAUAUACUCUAGAUAUCUACAUUAUACUAUUUACUGUAGAUAUACUGUAGGCUACUGCUCUUCACGCCGACAGGAAGACCGACUGAUCAAACUCGGACCAGAAAAGUGUUUUCAACUAGCCCCCCUCGCCGCCGCUGCCACUGUUGAUCGGUACCUCCGCGUCUUAACUCACGUUACUCAUUUCCGGUCCGGUCUCAUCUGGAGACAUGCAGCUGCCUCAGUAAGAGAAGUAUCAUGAUCAUGUAAUGUGUACUGUUGUUUAUUCUACCGAUACUGGCACGGCUAACAGUGUAGCAAGGCUAAUAGCAGAUGGAUAACUGUAACUUUAGCUUGCAUAUUACAUGGUGCUUCACCGUUAACUCGGCGUGACUGAGACCAGCACAGCGGGGAACAUCGCGAAGUGGAUUGAACUGAAACUUGUUGACUUGUUGUGUAUUUCACAAACUGGUUUAUUUACUGUUGAGGUGGACCACUCUCCUCUGUGCGUCCCUAAGCUGCCUGCUUCAGAUCCGUCACUCUGCUGUGCUGUGAGGUAGUUAGUGGAUAAAGAUUGUCAUGAGGUCGCUGCGCCAUCUACAGGAUAAGUCGGGGAACUUUUCAAAUGGCGGAAAAUUUUCUAAGUGAAACCGAAUCUUAUUUUCCACAUUUUAUUCCUGAAAAUAUCGGCGAAAAUUGGCGAGUUUUGGCCGAUUACCGAUUAUUCUCAAACCGGCAAAAAAGCUGAUUUAAUCGGCUUGCCAAUAAAUUGGUCAGGCCCUAGUUAAAAUCUGUUUAAACAAAUAGAGAGCAGAGCAGAACACUCACUUUCAAUUUCAACCUGUUGAGUGGGAGCUAAACACCUAAAUGACCCGAGAAGUUUCCCAAACACAGUAAAAUUGUAGCUCCUAGAUAAAGAAACAGGACAGUUUCUCUGCUGUUACAGACAACAUCGUACACCGGUUAAAUACAGGCGAUGAUUGAGAGGCUUGAAUUUAAUGUCAGUGUGUUCAUUAUCAUAAGGGAAGAGUAAUUAAACUCGUGCCUUUCAUUAGUGUUAGCGACAUUCUAAACGUGCCGGUGAGUUUUAGAAAUGUGCACAUUUUUUAAAUUAAAAAUUAAAAUAGUUAGUUUAUUUUUGAGUGUUGUUUUGAAGAAGAGUAUUCUAGUAUUGUGACAGCCAAAAUAACAUGUAAUGCCAAAGUUGAUCCUAGUUCGAUAUAGCAGUCUUCUAAAACAUUUUUUUCACCCAUAGACAGCCAUUGAGAAAAUAAUAAACCCAUCCAGUGAAAGUAGUAUGGAUCCUCUCUUUAUUAAAACGUGUCUAGAAGCCAAACUUACGGUAAAAAAAAAAUGUUUUUCAUCUGGGGACAUUUCCUUGAUUUCUAACUCUCUUUCCACGGCUGAUUCCACUCCUUUUGCUUAUUUUUUCUUUGACUACGUUUUUGUUUUACUUCUUGUCUGGUAAGAUAAACUGAGGCUCUUUUCAGUGUUUAAAGAAAGAUCAUGAGAAGUUUUAAGCUUUUGAUGUCCAGUUUGUUGUAAAGUUCAGAGUAUUUUGUUGUAAUGUUGGCCAAAUCUGUCAGUCUGUAAAUGCUUCACAGAAAACAUGAUGCUUGAGGUCUGUGAGUAAGUGUGUAACUCUGUAGUUUGAACAAAGAUAGACUCUGACAUCAGGCCGGGAUCUGAUUGGCUGCUGUGUGUCCGACAGGAAGAAGCGCAGCCGCAGCCGUGAAAGGAAACAAAGCAAAAGUCGAGACAAGAAGAAGAGCCGGAGCCGCAGCCGGGAUCGCAAGCGCAGCCGCAGUAGAGACAGAAGAAGAAGUCGCAGCAGAGAGCGACGCAACAGCAGAGAAAGAGGAGGCCGAUAUAGAGACCACCACAAGCAGUGAGUGUCUGUCCUGAUCCCAAGGUCAUUUCAUCAAACACUUGAUCAGUUUGAAAGACUCACACACAGCUGGUAUGACAGCUGUCCACAACACUUGGGCUGUUUUGGAAACCGCCUACUAGACGAGUUGUGUAUUCUGAUUUGCCCAAAAUGGAGUAUGCAGUAUACAAACAAAUACGAGAGGCGCAGUAUGCAAAGAAUACCUGGUUGAUGUGCUCAUUCUGGAAAAUUUUACAGCAUGCAGCAGACCAGUCUCCUUCACUCACAACUGUUCUGGUCAGGCGCUUUGCAUUAUUACCUACAAUGCAAAGCGCCUAGUCAGAGUUUACAGUGCGGUGGUGUGACUCAGAUGCUGCCAGAUCCACAGGUCAUUGCAUGUGUGGAACACGUUUUGAUAACACUGUAGGGUUGUUUGCAAUUGACCGACGUAUGAUCACAGACCUUAUAUAUAGAUUGAAAGACUACACAUAUAUAGACUAUCCUUAUCUAUAUAUGUAUAUAUAUACUUUAUACAGUCUUUGGGUGUGAUGUAAUUUGUUUGCUGGAAACCAGCUAAACUAGGCAGGCUGGUAGUCAUACUGCAUACUCCUGUCCAAGGCAGUAACGGUAUUCAGUGUGUACGGCAUAAUGUUUUAGCUACUUUGGAAAGCUAUCUGUGUAGGUUAUGUGAAAUUCUCAGGGGAGGGGUUUCCUUAGAUGACUUUAGAAAAAGUUUCAAAAAUGAUAACAAGUAAAACUGUUUUUAAAGUGUUCAGAAAGUACCUGAAAUAUAAACUUUCGAAAGAGACACUUUGUAAAAAUAAAGUAAUUUUUUCUUAUCAUGAGAUGUUAGUUUUUGUUUUUCUGAGAUCUCUCACAGUUGUUAUUGCACAUUAAAUUAUUGCAUUGUUUUUCUAUUUUUUUUUAUAUUGCAUAUUGUUAUUGGUGGACAUUGUUGUGCAUGUUGUAAUUGUUGCACUAGAGAGUGUCCAGGUAGUAAUGAAACGUAAAUACAAAUCAAAGCCUCUCAACAGUGUAACUGAAGUAAAUAGUGUGGAUGUACAGACACCAUCAGUGACCUUUAUCUGUCUCUCCUUUUGUAUUUUCAGCCGCAGACGGUCAAAGAGUAAGAGUCCCCCCAGGAAGGAGAAGAGUCCCAUCAGGUGAGAAAACAUUUUUGUCGUAUUUUCUUUGUAGUUUUCUUACACAUUAAACUAAUAAAACAAAAGAAACAAACAUCAGGCUCUGUCAUUUAUGAGGAAUAAAUAACUUAGUGAAAGUACAAGAGUGAAGGAAAAAUAGGACUUAGUUGAUGAGGAGUUUAGGUAUUAGCAAAGUUCCUUUGCACCAGCUUUGUUCCUGUAGAUGAGAAAUGUGUCACAGAUAACUGAAAUACUCACAUUGAUCCAGGUCCUGAAUUACGAUGAAAAUUUGAUGCACAACAGUGGCGUCUUCUGCAUUUUGAAAGUAGCUGGUGUGUGUGUGUGUGUGUGUGUGUGUGUGUGUGUGUGUGUGUGUGUGUGUGUGUGUGUGUGUGUGUGUGUGUGUGUGUGUGUGUGUGUGUGUGUGUGUGUGUGUGUGUGUGUGUGUGUGUGUGUGUGUGUGUGUGUGUGUGUCCAGGCUGCCAAUAGAUAACCUGACUCCAGAGGAGCGUGAUGCUCGGACAGUGUUCUGUAUGCAGCUAGCAGCCAGGAUACGACCUCGAGACCUGGAGGACUUCUUCUCUGCUGUGGGGAAGGUAAACACCAACAUCCCGGGUCCAAAAUUAAUAUUUACUGUCUUUGGUGUCCACACAGGGUUGAUUUCUAAUGCCAAGGAAACCCCAUAACCCAUAAAGCAUGUUUCACAGCAGAAAGAAACAUGUUAACAUCCUGGUACAAAAAAGGCUGGGGUUCAAUACUUCUACUUCAUGGGAGAAAAUGUAUUUUUAUAACUUAUCCAUUAGAUCAUAUUAGACCAAGAUUUAAGCAUUACCAGGGUGGGCUGUUUGACAGAUCAGCUGAUGUUCUGUUUUCUCUCUGCAGGUUCGAGAUGUGAGGAUGAUCUCAGACAGAAACUCCCGCAGGUCAAAGGGCAUUGCCUACAUCGAGUUCAUGGAGGCCAACUCAGUUCCUCUAGCUAUUGGUCUGACGGGGCAAAGGCUUCUGGGAGUCCCCAUCAUUGUACAAGCAUCACAGGUACUCAAACACACGCAUACAGGUCAAAAUUACACAGAGGGAAAGCUCUUCUGAAUUAAUGAACCAGAGUAUCCUUCUGACACUUGACUCUGUUUGUAUGCAGGCAGAGAAGAACAGAGCAGCAGCAGCAGCCAACAACCUGCAAAAAGGUUCAGCCGGACCCAUGAGGCUCUAUGUGGGCUCACUGCACUUCAACAUCACUGAGGAGAUGCUGAGAGGAAUCUUUGAGCCGUUUGGAAGGGUAAGACACACAACUACACACAUGCUUACACAUACCAUUACUCUACGACACACACAUCUUGAAAUCCACACACAUACUUGCUUGUGAAAAAAACAGACGAAAGCCUUGACCUUUCAUCCUUCUGUCCUGGGGAAAUGGUGUUCCUCUUAAAAACACCCGUCAGUGCUGAUGGAGGCCUGAGGCAGGGAAAAUUCUGCUUACUUUCAAUAACCUUUAAUCAAAAUCAACUUUUCCACAUCUGAACAUACAUACAGCUACACAUAUACUCAAUAUACCUUACAAUGCACACAUGAUGUGCACGGAACUACACACACACACACAUUAUAUUUCCAGCAGAGGAAACUGUACUCAGAGUUGUACUGUUAUCAAUAUUUGUUCAGAGUAAAAUAUUUCUGUUAUUAGUGAAAGAAUGUCAGUAUCAAAAGACACUGCAAGGGGCCAAUAUUAAAAGGCUUUUUGCUGAAAGGUAUAAUGUCAUCGCUGGUACUCGUUACUAAUGCGUUCAUGUUUCACCAACUCAGUGUUGCAGAUUUCAAAGUCGCUCAUUGUAUUAGAACUUAAUACAGCCCAGAAGAACAAUAGAAUUGUAAGAUAAAUGACUAGAGGAAAGUAGAUGUACUUAUUUAAUACAUGAGUUUGAACAGACAGGUAAAGUGUGUGUGUGUGUGUGUGUGUGUGUGUUGUUUCACAGAUUGAGAGCAUCCAGUUGAUGAUGGACAGUGAGACUGGACGAUCAAAAGGCUACGGCUUCAUCACUGUAAGUCCUUCAUCUCUGUUACUGCAUACCGUCAAUACAGCAUUUUUUAGUACGUUUAAAGUUUUUGUGACCUCACAUCAGCACUGUUUGUACCUCCUGUUGAUGAAGUGUUUUCUCAUGAGUUUUAAACUGUAAGUUCAAGGCAGUCUGGCUGUAGAAUAUUUUUCUUGAAGGUCAAGUUUUCUCGUCGUGUUAUUGAUCCAAUGUAGAUCUUUUCAGUGUGACAUCUUCAGUUGUUCUGUCACCUGACUGAUAUCUCUUCAAAGAGACUGAACUGAACAGUCAUAACAACAUGUGCAGCUAGAGACCAAACCGAUUCAUUGUUUCAGAUGUGUUCAGACAUCAACUUUAAAAGGAAACCUUUCACACUCGCUUUCUCUGUUAGUUUUCAGAUGCAGAAUGUGCCAAGAAAGCUCUGGAGCAGCUGAAUGGCUUCGAGCUGGCAGGUCGACCUAUGAAGGUGGGUCAUGUGACAGAGCGGACAGACGCCUCCACAGCUUCCUCUUUCCUCGACAGCGACGAGCUGGAACGUACCGGCAUUGACCUCGGAACCACUGGCCGACUGCAGCUGAUGGCCCGACUCGCAGAAGGUGAAACAAACCUGACAUCCUCCUGCCGACAAAGACAUUCAAAUCAAACAACAAACAAGUGCUUGUAUGAUUAACUCUGUGUGUGUGUGUGUGUGUGUGUGUGUGUGUGUGUGUGUGUGUGUGUGUGUGUGUGUGUGUGUGUGUGUGUGUGUGUGUGUGUGUGUGUGUGUGUGUGUGUGUGUGUGUGUGUGUGUGUGUGUGUGUGUGUGUGUGUGUGUGUGUGUGUGUGUGUGUGUGUGUGUGUGUGUGUGUGUGUAACAGGUACAGGUCUACAGAUCCCUCCUGCUGCCCAGCAGGCUCUGCAGAUGAGCGGAGCAAUCGCUAUCGGAGCCAUGGCUGCUGUUUCAGGUACACACUAAACUGGCACACACUAUUGUGUUCACGCAUUGAUAGUGUGUUUCUAAUGUACUAAACACACAGUUUUAGUUUUCAUUCUGAAGUUGGUGAAUCUCUGUAGGACAGUUGUUGAAAGACAUUAAACCUUAGUCACCUGAGCUGCUUUAAUCUUAGUGGAAGCCUCGGCUCAUCAGUGACAGCUGAUGCAAACAAAAAUCAAACCUUUCCAAAUGUAGUUCCUUUUUUUUUUUUAAACAUCAUUCAUCUCAAAGGAAUACUUUAUAACUUUGUAACUUUAUUCCCCUGAGUAUUUUGCCAGUGUAACCCUUUGAUUACAGCUGGAUCAGAAAAAAAGGUUAUUCAGUGUGAGAAUAUUAACCUCUGUCUGUUCCUUUGUUUCAGCUGCCAUGAACCCAGCUCUCACAAUGAACAUGAACUCUGCUCCUAUGAAUCUUCCCUCUCAGCCGCUCGCCACACACUGCUUUCAGCUCUCCAACAUGUUCAACCCACACAGGUACACACACACACACACCUGUCUGUCUCUACAUCUCUCUGCACUGUCGAUGUCGUUUACACAGAAAUUUACAUACUGGAGGAGAAAACUAUUAGUCAGCCAAUAUCAUUACUUCAAAUCUUGAGUGUAAUGAAGGUUCACAUGUCCACAGUAAUUUACUGGUUUCGAUCCUGAUCCUUGAAACUCUGCUGCAACAUUUAUUUGACCGGUAGCAAAUAAUCAAACUUGUUGGUGUUGUUAAGAUCACAACAAUUCAAAGGAAGAGCCUACUAAUAAAAGACAAAGUCCUUUCUUGCAGAGAAUCUGAUGGUCCCUGAUAUAUUUUUAAAAGUUUAACAAAGUACAUUACUAAUACUGCGUCUAACAGAUGAGCAUGUCUUCGGUAGUCAAACAGACUCGAUGCAUACUGGGUAAUGUGUGCGUGUGUGUGUUGAUGUGCAGCUGUGUGUGUGUGUUUCAGUGAAGAGAGUUCGGGCUGGGAGGCGGACAUCCAACAUGAUGUCAUCGAGGAGUGUAACAAACAUGGAGGAGUCGUUCACAUCUACGUCGACAAGAACUCUCCCGAGGUACAUCUCACCGCGUUUUUCUCAUGUAUGUGAAUGCCUGCGUUACACCCCAAUUGUGCAGACACACUGUGACCUCUAUCCUCUGCUGUGUUUAGGGAAACGUCUAUGUUAAGUGUCCGUCCAUCCCCUCUGCCAUGGCUGCCGUCAACUCUCUACAUGGAAGAUACUUUGCUGGUAAGACUUCCUGUCACUGAACACCUGUCCUCUUUGCUGUAAACCAAUCACAGAGCAGCCCUGAACUGAGUUUUUUGUCCUUUCAGGUAAAAUGAUAACUGCUGCAUACGUCCCCCUGCCCACCUACCACAACCUGUUCCCAGAGUCCGCCACUGCCACCCAGCUGCUGAUUCCACCCCCUCGACGGUGACUCACCAAUAUCACUGCCCUCUGUUUUGGCAUUGGUCACUGGAUCAUUUCUUUUUAAUACUCCCCUCCUAUUGGCGGACACAGACAAGCCAAUUUCACUUAGUUUCAUCGAGUUGAAGGAAGUUGAUGGUGGAUGCUGUUUGUUUUCAUCCUGUUUAGAGGUUCUAACCAGCAUUCCUGGGCCUGUUUUCAGUAUUGUCCAAUGAUUGAGCUCUGUGAGCUGUGAUAAGGCCGGCAGAUGAAGGUGGUUUCAGCUAAUUGGUUGGUAUUACAAUAUUUUCUAAUCGAGAAUAUGAUUUUGUAAAGUCCUUGAUUAAAUUUUAUUUUGAAGUCACUGAGCUGCUGAGUCUCAUUCUGCAGGGAGGAGGUGUCUGAACUCGUGUUCACACCUGUGCACCUCCUCCUCCUCCUAUUCAAGUUUCUGUUGUUUUCUUCCUCUCCUCUUCUUUCCGCUGGUUUUUGUCAGCCAUCAGUUUGAAGUUUGUGCUCUCUUAAUAAAUUGAAAGUAAGAUUAAAAA